AUGCAAUCCAGUGAGGUCACAGGGAUUCAUUAUCUACUUCCUUCAAAUCCAACGCAGUAUCCAACCCAUUUUGACACGAUUGAUAAAAACAUGGCAGGAUAUCAGUUAAACAGAUUUUCCAAAUCUCUAUAUCAAUUUCAGAUGGCUCCCCAAUUUACAGAAUUCAAUCCGCAAUCAACAUAUUUCAGCAGUAACUCAACUUCUGAUGAAGCGGAUGAUCAACAGCUGAGUAUAAUAAACGAAAGGAAGCAGAGAAGAAUGAUUUCUAACCGGGAAUCUGCACGAAGAUCACGUAUGAGAAAACAAAAGCACUUGGACGAGCUCUGGUCACAGGUUGUCUGGCUUCGAAACGAGAAUCGACAGCUCAUAGACACACUGAACCAUGUCUCGGAGAACCAUGAUCGAGUCCUACAGGAAAAUUCUCAACUCAAAGAAGAAGCUUCGGAGCUUCGCCAAAUGCUUACUGACAUGCGGCUCAAUAGUCCCUACUCUUGCCCGAGAGAUCUUGAGGACGAUCCGUACACUGAUUUGCCUUAA